AUGCGCAUUCAUUCCUCUUUUGUCGCUCUCUGUGGCUUCCAAGCCACCUUCGCUGUGGCUAGCACUGCCUGGCCCUGGCAAACCUUCAAGUCCAGCCCCCACGAGCCCCCCAGUCUCAAGGUUUCCAAGUCUGGCCCGGUCAGCCCUGGGUAUCUAUUCUUUGACCAAUCAUGGGAUGCCCACCAGUACAGCGUGUUUAUCAUGUCAGACAACAACGAGCUUGUCUGGCAGAGCCCGCCUGGUGACCUCAAGGGAUUCCGCGUCCAACAACUGGAUGGUAACCCUGUGUUGACCUACUUCAAUGGUCUAGGUGUCCCUGAACCAUUUGGUUGGGGGUAUGGAAUCAUCCAAAUUCUUGAUCAGAGCUACAGCAGUAUUUACAAUGUCUCCGUGAUCAAUGACAAUUACACGGCCCUGGGGAGCAUUAAUAGCUCGUCGUUUGUUUCGUGGAUUGACAUGCACGAAAACACGAUGACAUCCGAGGGCACCAUGCUGGUCACUGGGUACAAUGUUACUCAGUGUGAUCUGAGCUCUGUUGGUGGUCCCAAAGAUGGUUGGAUUGCAGACUCACUCUUCUAUGAGAUUGAUGUCAAGACCAACGACAUUCUCUAUCGUUGGAGUGCCAAGGAUCACCUUGACCAAAUCCCGCUAGAAGAUGUGCAACCUUUCUACCCAGUGGAUGAUUGGGGCCACAAUAGCAGCGCUCCAUAUGGAUACUUCCACAUCAACUCAGUGGAGAAAUUCCAGGAUGGCUCAUACUUGAUCUCUUCUCGUUACUAUUGCUCGCUAUUUAAGAUUGCAAAGAACGGAUCGGUUGACUGGACUCUUCAGGGUCAAACCGGCGGUGAUUUCGAGUUGAAAGGGAUUCAAUGGGCCUACCAGCACGAUGGUCGAAUUCACCAUGAGCAAGAAGAUGGCUUUGUGCUCAGUAUCUUUGACAACGCCAACUCGGAUGUCUCGAACGGAACGCAUCACACCGAAGGCAUGCUGAUUCAUGUCAAUUUGGCCACUCGUGAAGCAUCUUCGCUCCAAACACUUCAUGACCCCAAAGAUGAAAUCUAUGCUGUCUCCCAAGGAAACACCCAACUCCUGCCUGGAGGCCACGCAGUGAUGGGGUAUGGCUCAAACCCAAAGAUCAAAGAGUACAGCUCAAACGGCACAUGUGUCAUGACUGCACAAUUUGGGGAAGAUGGUGUUGUCGCCAGCUACCGGGCGUAUCGCUCUCCGUGGGUGGGCAUCCCCACCACAUCUCCAGAUCUGUUUGCCUGUUCCGAUGAGUCGAACAACAAGACUCAAGUCUUCAUGAGCUGGAAUGGAGCCACGGAGCACAAGAAAUGGAAGAUAUUUGGGGGCAACACUCGUGGAAAUUUGCAUCCAGUUUCCAUCGUCCGCAAAACUGGAUUUGAGACUACUGCAUCCGUUGGAGGAGGUCUCAAGUAUGUCCGUGUCGAGGCGGAUGGCUUUGGCAUUGAGAAGGGUGUUUCUAAGGUGGUUUCUGUGAAGGAGAUGUGUUAG